AUGUUAGCUGUGUUAGGUCCACUUGUAGCCAGGUGGUUACCGAAAGGGAGUGGAAUCUCCAGUACAAGACUUUUAUCCCUCCAAAAUAAUAUAAAGAGGUCUUCAAUUUGUUUAUAUUCAACUAGUAGAAUCCCCGUAUCCAGCGAUAAAAAAUUAACUCAGACUGAUGGACACACAGAAGAUAAUAGUAUAAAACAUAACCAAAAUAUCGAAAGAAAGAUGAUAAAUAACUUGAGUUUUAAUGUAAAAUACGCCGAUUAUGUAAAGAGAGAUGCUAAGCCAGAUGAUGGAAUGGGUUAUGGCCUAGUGGCACUAUUUAUCGCAAUGUUUGGAAUCUCAUUCGCCUGUGUUCCACUAUACGAGUACUUUUGCCAGCAAUCAGGAUACCUUGGAACCACAAAGAAAACGAAAACAUAUACACCACCGCCAGAAAAUUUGAACUUGAGAAAGUUCGAGAUUGAUUUCGUUACUCAUUCUAACCUGAAUUGGGAAUUUAAGCCCUGCCAGAAAAGAGUAGUGGUCAGACCUGGUGAAACUACCCUAUCUUUCUAUACAGCUAAGAACUUAAGUAAAGAGCCAGUUAUAGGAGUCGCUGCAUACCAUGUCAUACCAGACGAAGCUGGACUUUAUUUUAACAAAAUACAGUGUUUCUGCUUCGAAGAACAGUUACUCAACCCAGGAGAGGAGGUGGAUUUACCAGUUCUUUUCUUUCUAGACCCUGAAAUCGUAAAGGAUAAAAAAUUACACGGAGUUGACAAGAUUACAUUGUCGUACAUCUUCUUUGAAGCUAAUUCUGAAAUACCUCCAGAAUACAAAAGUUUAUUUAACCAGACUUCUGGACCCGUGAAAAAUAACUGA